AAUAAGCUUGAGUAUCGUAACAUAUAAAUACAGUCGCGUGCACAACGUACAAGUUUAGUCGGUUGUCACAUUCUCCGUAUAACGUAUCAGAUCGUAGUAAACUCGAUAUCUGAAUAUUUUGUUCCCUUAAUUUUAAUAAGACACGUGCGGGCAAUAUACAUUUAUUUACAAAACCGUUUAUCACAAUGGCGAUUAUAACGACUUACUGGGGUCUCGACGGUCUGAUAAUUUUUACUACCAUCAUGAUAGCCGCCUAUCUCUACAUGACCCGCAAGUUCAAAUACUGGAAGAAACGAGGAGUCUUGGAAAUUCCACCCACACCUUUUUUUGGCAAUUUUACGGAAUGUCUGUUUCUGAAAAAGUCUCCGGCGGAUUAUCUGAAGCAGCUGUACGAUCAGGCGAAAGGAUUGCGUUACAUGGGCUUCUAUAUAUUCGACAAACCGUUUCUGCUGGUCCGCGAUCGUGAACUCGUCAAGAACAUCUUAGUCAAGGAUUUCAAUCAGUUCAAUAACCGGUACAACACGGCGGAUCCGAGCGAUCGUCUGGGAUACGCCAAUCUUUUUUUUAUGAGAGACGAGUCUUGGAAAACUCUGAGAGUCAAGUUAACGCCGUUCUUCACGUCCGGCAAAAUGAAGAAAAUGUUUUAUCUAAUGACACAAUGCACGGACCAUUUGGGAGCGUAUCUUGACGCGUUAGGUCUGGAAGGUAACGGCAAGGAGGUCGAAGUGAAAGAAUUGACCGCUAAAUUCACCACGGAUGUGAUAGGCAGCACCGCUUUCGGCCUCGACGUGAACUCGUUCAAGGAUCCGAAUGCCGACUUCCGCAAAUACGGCAAGAUGAUAUUUUACUACAACAUCGUUCGCGGUUUCGAGAUGCUCUCAAUAUUUUUCUUACCGAGCGUCGUUCGUAUGGCUCGCGUAAAGAUGAUGGGAGAGAAACCUACCGCUUUUCUGCGUAAGGUGUUCUGGGAAACGCUCACCGAACGCAUGAAAUCCGGCGAGAAGCGAAACGAUCUUAUCGACAUUCUCAUCGAGCUCAAGCAGAAUAACUCCGAUCAAAAUAUUAACGGAUUCGAAUUUGACGGAGACGAUCUGUUAGCGCAAGCAGCGAGUUUCUUCGUGGCCGGUUUCGAACCUGCUUCAACUACAGCGACUUUCGCAUUGCACGAACUCGCGGUGCAUCCCGAAAUACAGGACAGAUUGAGAAAAGAGGUUCUCGAGGCGCUCGACAAAAACGAUGGCAAAAUUACGUACGACAUGGUCAUGUCGCUGCCGUAUCUAGACAUGAUAGUGUCCGAGACUUUGCGAUUGUAUCCGACAUUGGGGUAUCUGAAUCGCAUGCCGAACGACACUUACAAGGUGCCAAAUUCGGAUCUCGUGCUCGAGAAGGGCACGCCGGUUUACAUAUCGAUGCUCGGCAUGCAUCUCGAUCCGCAAUACUUUCCCGAACCGCACAAAUUCGAUCCGGAAAGAUUCAACGAGGAGAACAAACGCAACAUACCGCCCUGUGUCUAUUUCCCAUUUGGGGAAGGUCCGCACGCGUGUAUAGGUAAUCGUUUCGGGCUCUUGCAGACCAAACUGAUUCUUUUCAAAAUCGUAAGCAAAGUCAAGAUAUCACCGAGCAGCAGAACUUUAAUACCAGCUCAAGUUGAACCAAAAGGAGCUAUGUUAUCACCGUUAAAUAACGUGUUAUAUCUCAACCUCCAAAAGCUUUAGUUAUAGCAACGCUAUGUAAAGUGUAACAAUAUUGUAGUGUGUAUUGUCAAAGAGAAAAUGCAGAAUUCGGUGUUUCAAAUAG